AUGGCGGCAGUGGAUUUGCGGCACAUACUCUUGGAUUUGCUGCCGUCGUUUGAUAUGAAGGAGCGAUGUCGAGAGCUAGGUAUCCAACAUCAUCUGCAGAAGAUUAUUCCUGACCUUUGGGCCAUCAAUGCAGUCAUUCGGGACGCGACGAUGGGGGCGUGGACGCAGCCGGACGUGGAGAUGUGGAUGGCGGAUGCGGGUGCAGCCAUUGCGGACGUCCACAACCUGCUUGACCGGAUCUUGGAGUGGCCGGGGAGGGUUACGGCAUCGUCGAAUCCCUUGUUGCGCUCCUUCCUCGGCAUCCGAGUGGCUUUUCGUCUUUCUAUUCUGCAGGAGCUCAAGGAGAUGGGGCUCAGGUUGAAGGAGCUCGUCCUUUGGGGGUCUGCCUUGGACCUCCGGAAGGAGAUGAUGGAUGCCAUGGAUCCAUGCGAUGAAGAGUACUCCUAUGUCCUAGGAGAUGAAGUGGUGGGAAGAGAUGAGGACAGAGAUAAUAUUAUAGAGAUCCUUCAGCAGAAUCAAUCAUCCAGCAACAACGGUGAGCCCUUCGUCAUUGUCAUCCAUGAUGAAUGGUCGUUUCGAUCAUUCCCCAUAUCCACGGGGAAGAGAACACUGGCUCGGAUGAUUUACCACCACCCCUGGGUGCGCCAACAUUUCCAUCAUCGAAUCUGGGUGGACGUUUCCUUCGACUUAUCUUGGGAUCAACUAAGCAUCGGGAGAGAAUUUGCAAGAUGUAUCACGGGAGACUCGUGCGACCAUCUGCAAUCACACCAAGCUAUCUGGCUACUUGUGAAUGAACGGCUCGGCCAAAGAAGAUACUUGCUCAUUUUGAAUGACAUAUACUAUGAUUAUAUCGAAGAGGGGUUGAAAGACAAUUGGGAUCAACUAAAGCACAACCUGUUGCGUGUGGGUGGAAUCGGAAGUACAGUGAUCAUCACCACCAAAUACAGUACAAUAUUUGGGUCGAGAGACUACUCGUUGGCUGGCCUAUCAAAGGAUGCUUGGAUAAAAUUGUUCAUGAGAGAGACAUUCAUUGGAUCAGCGCAGGACAAAGAGAACACUUGUACCAUAAAUUUGCUACUUCAAUUUGCGGAGCAACAAUACGAAACACUUACGGACAAAACAAUUUAUGACAACAUAAUUAAGGGCUUUCCCUUGCUGGCAAAGACGUUGGGCUCAAUAUUCAGGUACACCGAGGUAAGUCGAUGGCAAGAAGUAGCAUAUGAUUUGUCUUGUCACUCAGAUGUUUGGCGUCCUUACUCAAAUGUUAAACACCAUCAGCAUUUUAAAUUAAUGAGCCUCCAAAAUCUUUCAACUAAACUUGCACGAUUACGACUCUAUGGCUCAUUGUGCAAUUUAGGUUGGUCUGAUUAUUCAAAGGAAGAUUACAUGCUUAUGAUGAUCGCUGAAGACCUUAUGCUACAACAAUCAUUUGAUGUUGAGAAGAUGAAUCGAUUGAUCAAUGAAAUUGAGUUACGAUUUUCAACGUUGGAUUCAGAUUACUGUAUGAGGACAAGGAUUGGUCAAGAUUCAAUAAGAAUCCCGGAACAAUGUUGCCAUCUAUGUUUAGUUGUCGAUUCUGAUUCUAAUUCUGAUGCUACAUCGACAUUUCUAACCGCCUUAUCAGCAGGGGUCACAAAGAGAUUAAGAACUUUGAUUUUGCAAACGGAGGAAGAGAUGGCUGAAAACGAUCAAAAGUGUCAGAUCAAAGAGAUCCCAGCAGCCAUGUUUACAAAUUUGGUACACUUACGGAUAUUACAUUUAUCACAUUGUAGGAUCCAACAAUUACCUAAUACAAUUGCCAAGUUGGUUAGCCUGAGAUACCUCAACCUUUCCUACACCGAGAUCCAAUCACUUCCUAAAUAUCUCUCAAACCUUCAAAAUUUGAAGAUCUUAAAGUUGGCUCAUUGUGAAAAAUUUCAAAAACUACCCGAAUGGAUCUACAAACUCAAAAAUUUACUGAUUUUAAAACUAGCUUACUGUCAGAAGCUUCAGAUGCUUCCUGAGUCAAUCAUCGCUCUUACAAAUUUACAAGAGUUAGAUGUCGAAGGCUGUCAAUCAUUCAUGAAAUUACCUGAAGGUUUGGCUAUCAUGAAAAAAUUGACAAUGUUAAAUGUUGACAAAUGUGUAUCCUUGACUCGAUUGCCCCAUGGAAUAGGACAAUUGACUAACCUCCAAAAGUUAUCAGUGCAUGCUACAGUUGAUAGCCUUGCAAGUGUCAUCCUAGAGUUGCAGAGUUUAGUAAAUCUUAAAGAACUUCGUCUGAAAAAACUUAAUGGACUAUCAAGCGUGGAAGAUACUCGAGCCUUAAAGCUCCAGGAUAAAAUAUUACUCAAGUGUUUCACAUUAUGUUGGGAGUGGUGGGAUAUGGAAGUUGCAUUAGUUUCUGAUGCAACAUUAUUACAUGAGCAGGUAUUGGAAGACCUUCAGCCUAACCGAGCUUUAGAGAAAUUAGAAAUUGCUUCUUAUAUGGGGAAGAAACUUCCGAGCUGGAUGGCGUGCAAAAAAGAAAAUCUGUGGCAUUUGACAGAGAUCAAGCUUGUCAAUCUAAAGAAAUGUGAAAGGCUACCACCGCUUGGACAACUACCUAAGCUUGAGACUGUUGAGAUAAGUGGCAUGGAUUCAAUUAGUGCAGUGGAUGAUGCAUUUUACGGUGAUGGUAAUGGUAAUGGUGACAUAUUUCCUAGAUUGGAAUCACUCAUUUUCUCAGAAAUGCCUAUGCUGGAGAGAUGGCUGAAGGCAAAAGGUAAAGGUGACAUGUUCCCGAGGCUUUUGACGUUGAUACUAAUCCAGUGUCCAAAAUUCAAGGAAUUGCAUGUGCCACUUAUAAGAAGUGGAUUUUCAUUAUCACUAUGGUUGAAUAAUGACAAGUUGCUGAGCUCUGAAUUUGUAGGUUGGCAGAACCUUAAAUAUGUCGAUGUGUUGGAGAUAAUGGGGUGUGAAGAGCUGAGGUGCUUACCACAGGGAAUCAAGCAUCUCAAGUCCCUUUAUCAGUUGGAGAUUAUCCGAUGCAACAAUUUGAUCUCUUUGCCGGAUUGGUUGGCAGAACUCAAAUCUCUUGAAUACGUGAUUGUACAAGAUUGCGCCAUGCUGUCAUUCAUUCCCGAGAGGCUCAAACAAUCGCCCCGUUUUCACAUUUGGAUUGAAGGCUGA